AUGAAAGAAUCCCUCAUAUUUGUAUCACUGAAACUCAUCUUUCAUCUCCCUCGGGCCUCCACCCCAACCUCCAUGCAUCCUCUCCACCAAGCCCUGCAACAUCGGAGCCACCCAAAUUUCAAUGUAGGAAAUGAAGCAUCUACACGUCUAGAUGUAAGAAAGAAAACAUAUACACGUCUAGGUGUAAGAAAGAAAGCAUUUACACGUCUAGAUGUAGGAAAGAAAGCAUCUACACAUCUAGAUGUAGGAAAGUAA